AUGGCUUUGAUUGUUGACAAACACAGGCCCAGGUCGUUGGAUAGCCUCACGUAUCAUGAAGAGCUUUCAGAAAGGCUUCGAUCUCUGGCCCAGAGCGGCGAUUUCCCUCAUCUUUUAAUAUAUGGACCCUCGGGCGCUGGCAAGAAAACCCGUAUCGUAGCAACUCUCAAGGAGUUGUACGGGCCUGGAGUAGACAAGAUCAAGAUUGAUGCCCGCGUCUUUCAGACCAGUAGUAAUCGCAAGCUCGAGUUCAACAUCGUCGCCUCAAUCUACCACCUCGAAAUCACCCCCUCAGAUGUCGGCAACUACGACAGGGUCGUCAUUCAAGACCUCCUCAAGGAGGUGGCGCAGACACAACAAGUCGACCAAGGCGCUCGCCAGCGCUUCAAGGUGGUCGUCAUCAACGAAGCGGACCAUCUUUCUCGCGAUGCCCAAGCCGCCCUGCGAAGGACCAUGGAAAAGUACUCGCCGAAUCUAAGGUUGAUCCUGUUGGCCAACUCCACAGCAAACAUAAUUGCCCCUAUCAGAUCACGAACUCUGCUUGUCAGGGUUGCGGCUCCAACAGAGGAGGAGAUUUGCACAGUUCUUGCCGCUUCGGCGAAGGAGGGCUGGACCGUUUCGGUAAAGCUGCAUGAGAGGAUAGCUAAAGAAAGUGGGAGGAAUUUGCGGAGGGCAUUGCUGAUGCUCGAGACAGUACAUGCGCAAAAUGAGAAAGUAGAAGACAACACCCCGAUCCCGCCGCCGGAUUGGGAGGCUUUGAUAGGCCAGAUCGCCAAGGAGAUCAUGGAGGAGCACACGCCAGCAAGAAUACUUCAAGUGCGCGCAAAGCUUUAUGAUUUGCUCACGCACUGCAUCCCACCUACCACAAUUCUCAAAACACUGACCUUUAAGCUGAUACCCCUGAUCGACGACGAUCUCAAAGUGGAUGUCAUCAAGUGGUCUGCAUUCUAUGAGCACCGUAUCAAGAUGGGUACCAAAGUUAUCUUCCAUCUGGAAGCAUUCGUGGCCAAGUUUAUGAGGAUACUGGAGAUGUAUCUGAUGGGCAUGGAUAUGUGA